AAAUAUUUCAGAUCCGAAUCAAAUCACUCAUUAUCUCAUACAUUUUCCCUUUCUUCUCCUUCAUUUAACGUUUUUUUUUCCUCUUUUUUUUUGGUGUUCAUUUCCUCUGUAUAUGUCUCUGACAACUUCCUCUGUUCCAUCAUCCCAACUUUCUGAAAGGUCCUCUGUGGAAACAUAGCACCAAUGCUCGACUACACCUGCCGCCCGCCUCGUCCCACCGGUCUCCUCGUCUUCUCCGGAGGAAUUUAUCAUCGGUUUCGCCGCCGCCGCCAGUACCGUCACCAAUUUCACCUGCCGCCAUUCCUAGCGGACGAACCUGCAACCUCUGCUCGUGGCCAUUGUCGGGCUACUGUUGUGGUUCAUGCCAGAAUGGGUAGGAGCCAUUUGAUUAGGAAUGGAGGUGAAGCGUCUGAUAUGAGGGAGAAAAUGGAGGAGGAGAAGAAGAAGAAGAAGGAGGAGGAGUUUCCUGAUGAGCUGCUUCCCUGGGGAUGGAGCUUGCCUGAGGACUGGACUUAUUAAUAAGAGACUUCAAUGUAAUGGAGAAGAAGAAAAAAAAAUUAAAACUUGUUCUUGAAUAAUGAAUGAUGUAACAAUUGAUGUGCCUCCAAUAGGGGAGAAAUUGAGGAUGAAGUUAAAAUAAAAUGAAAUAAAUAAUAAAUUCUAAUUUGUUGGAGACCAACAAAACAUUUUCUGGCAUUGAUGAAUUCGUCGUUCACUUUCCUUCCGGUAUGAUAGCUGGCGGUGUUGUGAGGGGAGACAAUGGCCCGUUUUAUCGGAGCUUUUGCCAGGGGAGGGGGGGGGGGGGGGGGGAGGUUUCAUUAUCUGUGCAUAGUUAAGUUAAGAUCGUAUGGGGAACUCGGGAUCAGGGAAGUUCUUUCUCCUGACAAAUUCUUACCAUAUACCCAAACAACUUAUUGAAACAAACCACACCAUCAAUCACAUCUCUCAUUAUACGACAAUGGUUGGAAUCCCACGCCGUAUGACUGCUUUCGUGGGGAGGUUCGUUUUAACAGCCACACCCAUAGAGAGGCCAAUGUUGUGUCAAUUAUUUAGCUUCAUUGUAACCAUUAAUAAUCAUUUGACGAACACAUAUUUCUUUGUUAUUCCCUUGUAAUUCGAGCAAAUUAAAGUUCAAAUCUUUA